UUUAUAUAUCGAUACUUAUAUCGAAGCCGGUAUUUCUGACAGACACGAAAAGUAGUUUGUUUUGAAACCAACGUGACUUUCUUUUUCAUCUUUUUGUUUAGUAAUUAAGUAUAGGAAUAGAAUAUAAACAUUCGGGUGUAAUUUCGGGGAGUCGACUGUGUGUGGAAUUUACCUAGUUGACCCUGUAACAACAUCAUGGGUGUCAUAGUUUUACAACUGUUUGCUGUUCCUGAAGGCAAGUCUGGUCCUCAAGUCAUAGAGAUGUUGACCAAACGGGCCAUUGCCCUAGGAGCUGUUCUUAGUGGAUCCUUCAUCGUGGAUUGUGAAACUUACAGUUCUACUGCAUCGUUGGGAGCGCCGAGAUCGGUGCAUUUGCUGCACAAUUCCGAGACGCCGGCCUCCGUGUUCGCUCUGCUGGAGGCGGCCAGCGGCAACAAGACGGUGGCCCUGGUGGCCGACAACUUGUUCGACCUGCUCAUGCUCAAGCUCUCCAAUUUCUACACGGCCAAGAAGCAGACCAAGAUCGAAUCGAGAGGGCCACGCUUCGAAGCCGGAGACUUCCUCGUCAAGCUCGGCUCCGUCACCAUGGGACCGGCCUUCAAGGGCAUCCUAGUCGAGGUGGAAUAUCAAGCGUGCAGUCUGCCGGCCGCCUGUUGGGAUCUGAUCCGCGAGUUCAUGCAGGGCUUCUUGGGCGGUUGCGUCCCAUCUACUCCGCCUCCGUACAUCCAGAGCCGAUUCGGCGACAUGCUGGGCACUAUCGACGGCAUCAAUCAGUACCUGGAGCAGUUCAACGCUUUCCGCAAAACCACCGGCAUCCGAUAGAUCGACAAACACAACAAACAACAACUCUAUUUGCCCUUACACAACAACAACAAAAACGCGCCAUUGCUACAACAAAAUAAAAAAGGAAAAAUACAAAUAAAGAAAAUAAAAAGAAACUCCGCCGCUCCGGUGUUUUUCUAUGUUACUUGGGUACAACUCCAUUAUCCAUCCUUUUGGAAAAAGAAAAAAAAACUAAAUGUUUUUUAUUUUAUUUUCUCUUUAACCGCGUGUUGAUUCAAAAACCGCCGUCGCCCACCUUUGCACACACACUCGACCCUUCUUGUAUUUUUUUGACUUUUUUCAAAGUUUCCCGCUUUUCUUCCGGGCGCUUUUUUU